GGCGCCUGGAGGGCAGGGGACGGCAGGCGUGACGACCGACAGCGUGAUACAGCGCACCAGUAAUCACGUGCACCUGUUCACAGGAUAAGCCCUGAGGCGCCAGGCAGGAGCGACUGCCUGCCUGCCUACCUACCUACCGGCUUGUAGCCUCUACAUUUGGCGCCACGCAAGAAGAAUGUCACCGUUGCAUGUCACCUCGUUGAAUAUCACCUCUAUCACCGUUGCGUAUUGGUCCUCGAAGCGCUGGAGGCGGAAUUUCAAAAUCAUAUAUUGAUCUUCAGUGACAGAGGUGUGAGGCGGACGUCCCAGAAGCAGGGCUAAGUAUUCCGUCAUCUCUCUCAUCUCCACUCCCACCAUCAUGCUACAAUUGACCAAAAAACAGCUGAUACUAUGUGGCUGCCUGGGAGUUGCCUGCACCGCAGCCAUCGCAAUUGGCCUUGGCGUUGGUAUUCCACAAGCCAACUCAAGUAACAGUAAAGUACAGGCAUCGCCUUCUAGAUCUGAUUCGUUUGAGGGCAACAGUAGGUCCGGUUCAGUAAAUGAAAUUUACAAUUAUGAAACGGUGCUUCCUCCGUCACCGACAGAACUUGGAGAGUAUGACACUGCAGCUGUCAGCGCUGAUGGUCAACCAUGUGCACAGAUUGCUACGGAAGUACUUCGAAAGAAUGGCAGUGCAGCGGACGCAACAAUAGCAGGACUGUUCUGUGUGGGAGUGAUCAAUACUCAGUCUAUGGGUCUGGGAGGUGGCUUUCUCUUGACCUACUAUGAACGUGCCACAGGCAAAGCAUAUACCCUUAUUGCUAGAGAAAGUGCUGCAGCUGAAUCAUCUGAAAAUAUGUAUAACGGUAAUGAAGACCCAAUGCUGAACGCCAAAGGCAAAUGGUGGGCAAAUAAGAGACCAAGUUUGAAAGGUGGCUUAGCAGUAGCUGUGCCUGGCGAGCUGCGUGGCUACAAGAAGUUAUAUGACAAAUUUGGGGGAAAAAUUCCCUGGGCUGACCUAAUAGAGCCUACAAUAAAGCUGUGCGAAGAUGGUCAUAAAGUCAAUUGGCACAUGGCAAGGGCAUUGAAGAGUACUGAGGAUAGCAUAAAGAACGAGCCAAGCAUGAGUGUAUUUAUCAAUCCUGAUACUGGUAAUGUGUACGAGGAGGGGGACAUCCUGAAAAGACCACAGCUAGCGAAGACGCUAAGAGUAAUUCAGGAUGAUCCUGAUGCCCUUUAUACCGGCCAAUUGGCUGACCAACUAAUCCAGGACAUCCAGAGCUUUGAUGGCAUUAUCACUACUCAAGAUCUGCGGGACUACAAUGCACAAUGGAAAGAUGCAACAAAUGUCAGCAUUCAUCAUGGUAACCUCACUCUGUAUUCUGUGCCACCACCUGGCUCAGGCCUUAUUUUGAGCUAUAUCCUUAAUAUUUUGGACGAGUACGACAUCACUCCGGAGAGUAUGAAUGAAGAAAACGCCAUUACAACCCAUCAGCGCAUCACUGAGGCCAUGAAGUAUGCAUAUGCUAUGAGGACAGAACUGGGAGAUGCUGACUAUGUGGAUAUGACUAAACUGACAUAUAAUUUGACCUCUGAUGCCCUUGCCAAAAGCAUUCGUAAUCAGAUAUUGGAUAAUCAAACAUUCCAAGACCCAGCGCAUUAUGGUGCUGUCACUGCUGUUAAUGAUGAUCACGGUACUGCUCAGUUCUCUCUCCUAGCUCCUAAUGGUGAUGCAGUAUCUGUUACCAGCACCAUCAACUUAUACUUUGGUGCUGGGAUCCGAUCUGUUCAGACUGGUAUUGUACUCAAUGAUGAAAUGGAUGACUUCUCUGCUCCUAACAUCACCAAUUAUUUUGGGAUUCCUCCAUCACCAUCAAACUUCAUAAAGCCAGGGAAGCGGCCUGUCUCGUCUAUGUGCCCAUCAGUGUUAGUGGACUCAAAUGGAGAUGUUCGCUUAGUUCUUGGUGCAGCUGGAGGAAGCAAGAUCCCUUCAGCUGUUGCAUGGGUUUCCUUACACAAUCUGUGGUUGAAUGAGACUAUCAAGGAAGCUGUGGAUGCACGCAGAAUUCACCACCAACUUUUUCCAAUGAUAUUCAGCUAUGAGAAUGGAACAUCAUCAGAAAUUGUUACUGGUAUGCAUACUAUUGGUCAUGAGACACAGAUGUUUGGCAUAGGAGGGUCUGUGGUUUGUGCCAUCUCCCGUGAACGCAAUGGGAAAAUCUAUGCUAACUCCGAUUUUAGAAAAGCAGGUGAAGUUGAUGGAUUUUAAAUUAUUUAGCUGUUUGAUGGUAACUGUAUUUAUUGUUCAAAUUAUUUAAAGCAAAUUAUAUAUAUUGUAUAAUUAAACUAAUUCUGUUUUAGGUCAUUUUGAACUAGAACUUGAAUGAAUUUAUUUUUGUAAUAUUGAUUAAAGCUCUUAAUAUUGUAAGAAUUUUCAAAUAAAUAUGUAGAGUAUCUGUAAUAAUUUGCUAAUGUCAUAACAAUAGGCUUCUAGAAGCUCAGCAGUACUAUAAUGAGAGGCCCGCUAUGGAGGAUCAACAAUACUGUACUUUUUUAAAAGGGUUUCUCAAACAGUUGCAGCAUUACCAAUUACAAAUAAAUAUUUUAGUGUUUAAAUAAAUAUGAAAAACUAUUUUAUGAAAAUUUUUAAAUAAAAUUUUAAUUUAAAUUAUUGAUGAAAAGGUAGAUUUUAUCAUUAAUAAAGUUAAUUAAAUAAAUAUGUUUUAUCAACACUCAUAUGUGAGCCACCAAAACUUUAUAUGAAAAUAUGCAUAAUUUUUAUAUAUAAUAAAUUAUACAUAUGAAAUUGCGUAAUUUGUAAAUGCAUUUUAUUUAUUUCCAUGCUACUGAACCCAACCACUCGGCCUGGAUGGUAGAGUGGCAGUCUCGCGUCUAGCGGGUUGGCAUUCAAUCCCUGACUGUCCUAGUGGUUCAGCACCAUUCCUUUCCUCUGUCCUAUACCAAAUCCUUACCCUCAUAUUCUCUUUCUAAGUGCUAUAUAUUCAUAUUGGCUUAGCACUUUCUCCUGAUAAUUGCCAUACUACUUGUUGGUGGACUAUGCGGUGCUAUCGUGACUAAUCCAGGUAGUUAUAUACAGUAAUUAUAACCCUUCAUAUUUUAAAAUACAGUGUAAAUUAUCUUAAAUUAUCUUGUAUGAAACGUUGAAAUUAUAUUUAAACAAGUGCUCGUACAGGUAUUAUGUAAAAAUAUAUUUUAAAAUUUUAAAUUAUUGAAUUAAAUUAUGAAGUACAACUCUGUUCUAGAUAUAAACCACCUUGUGAAACCCUUGUGCAUUGAAGGUUAUUGGUUUGAUGUUAUGGGUUUAUAAAGCAAUUAUCGUUAGGCCAGGACAUUUACUUUGAGUAUUUUCAUUGUGUGUUCUCUCCAGAGACUUCUUGUCAGCCUGCCAGAUUUGCUGUAUGUCUAGUGAGAGUUCCCAUGAAGGACAAAGAUACCUAGUGUUAAAGGAACAUAUAUAUUGAUAAAUAAUAUAUUGUAUAUAGUUUGUACAUCAAACCCUGAACAUUGACAGCAGAAGCAUUUGGUGUAUAAAAUCACUUUAACUAUUACUUCAUUACUGUAUUAACUGUUCAAAUUAAAUUACAUCUUAGUAUAAUAAUAAAAAUAAUGCUGAUAAUUAUAUUAUUAUUACAUAUUAUUAUUAUUAUUAUUAUUAUUAUUAUUAUUAUUAAGACUCUUGCUCUGAUACUCUUGAAAUACAUCAAAAGCAAAAUAAUAAGUAAAUGGUUUAGGUGGCAAAGAUCAGUUUACAGGUGGACCAAGCAGGGCAUCUAGUCUCACGGACGACUGCCACUGUCUGUGGCACUCGUGACUUAUUAUGGUAGGGUGAAAGAAAACGAGCGGGGUAGGUAGUUACUGCUAAUGAUUGGUGUUUUAGGCAUUUUUAGUAACCACAAGAACAGAAUCUGUAUCAGUUUGUGUGCUAAAUAUCCAUACAAUCUUAGCUACAGUACUUUGCUUACAGCAAUAUAAAAUACUCUUAGCUCGUAUAGCAAAUAUAACAGUCGUAACCGGGGCAGCAGUACGUUACAAUAGUCCUGAUGCCCUCCUGUUAUCAUGUAACAUGCCGCACAUGGUGAUGAAGGAUGUAUAUAUUAUGUUGGUUCAAUUAAUAUGUUGCAAUACUUUUCAAAAUGUGUGUUUCAUGAAAAAAAAAAUUUUUACUUGAAAUAGUUUAUCCCAGUAUUGUAUGUGUCUAUGGGGCAAAGUUUUACUCUCAGUUAUGACCAUUUGUUGGUUAUAACUUCAUUUGAGUGCUCAUCUUUUAAAAAUAAUUAGGUUUGUGAUAUGGUUCAAUCAACAACUAAUCCUGAGACUUUCAAAUAAUUGUGAUUGUAUUGAAAUCUUGCCACUUUUGUUAUAGAAACAAGUCGAUAGAUUAAGUGCACAGUAAUUUGUCAGGGAGUCUGGUGCAGAUUUAGUAUACAAUAAUUUAUACUUUGAGAUUCAUCUACAUUAGUUGAUGCACCAAUUUGUGAAAUAUACAUGAAUUUAAAUUACCCACAAUUUGUUGUCUCUAAUAUUCUUGUAUAAACUACCUUAACUUUUUUUAAAUUUUAGUGAAUGCAUAAUGUGAAGCUUUAUAGCAAAUUGUCGAUAUUUAUGUGCAGCUUAUCCCGAUCUGCACGGCAGACCUUGAUUUUUAUGCACUGUAUCAAUAAAUAUGAUGAAAAUUAAAGUUCUUAUAUUUUUGUUUUUAAUUAUUAAUAAUAAACAUUUUCUAUAUAAGUAAAGUUUCAGUAGAAUAUAUACAAAAGUUUCUAGCACAAAUGAUUUAAUUUUCAUUGUUUGCAAUACUCUACUACCUUACUAGUUUAGGAAUUAUGGCAGUGUUGAUUUAUAGUUUUUCUUUCAAAUUUUGUAUAAAGUUAGUGAUCUCUUCAAAACACAUUUAAACUAAGUGCUGAUCAUGUUGAGAAAUAGCAAGUUGAGAAUAAACUCUUAUUAGGAGAUAUUUUGACUCUUAAGGGCCUUGUCAAGCCAAUUUAUGGUAAUUUGUGAUUAGAUGUUCUUGCAAGCAAAAUAUUAAAUUUUAUUAAAAUCUA